AUGGCUUCCAGCACCAGCACCAGCACCGAGACCGUUGCGUUCUUCGGCGCCAGCGGCGGAGUGGGUCUGACAGCGCUGCAGGACACCCUUGCAACCGGCCGAAACUGCAUCGCUCUCUGCCGCACCCCUUCCAAGCUUACAGACAUCCUGCAGCCAGCUUCAUAUCCGAAUUUGAAGGUGGUGCAAGGCAACGCCCACGAUGUGGCAGCUCUGUCGCAAUGUCUACUGGCUUCGCCCGGCAGGCUCGUGGAUACUGUAGUCACAACGAUCGGUGCCAAGUUGUCCGGGAUGACCAUCGAUGACCCACAAGUCUGCCAAAAAGGCAUGUCUGCUCUGGUCGAGGCCCUUGCCCAGCUUCGUCGGGAUGGUGCCACAGGGAAGCCACACAUCAUUGCCUGUAGCACCACCGGCAUGUCGCGCUUCGGCCGGGACAUCCCCAUCGCCAUGAUGCCCAUGUACCAUUUCAUGCUCAAGGUUCCCCACAAGGACAAGAUCAUCAUGGAGGACCGCUUGGUAGCGAGCGGUGAGAACUACACCAUCGUCCGCCCGAGCUUUAUGGUUGGUCCCGAAGGCUUCAAGAUGAAGCCGAUCCGUGUGGGCAUCGAAGACCCCAAGACUGGGCGGGAGACCGAGGCCAUCGGCUAUGCUAUUAGCAAAGAAGAUGCUGGGCGGUGGGUGGCACAGAAUCUGGUGCUGGACCGUCCAGCACAGUACAACAACAAGAUUGUGUCCAUCACUUAUUAG